AUGAAGAAGACAGAGGUGCGCGGUCUCAACUUGAAGAGGAUGGAGGCGGGAACCAGGCCGGAGCACUUCUCCUCAACCAAAACCGGGUCUGAGGCAAGGACAAGGCCGGGAGGGAUUAUACUCAACCAGUAUGGGUUUCCGAGGUGCGGAAGCCGGGAGAGCUUAUCCUCAACCGAUGUGGGUUUCCGGGGUGUGGAAGCCCCAGCCGAAGAAGACAGAGGCAGGGACAAGGCGGGAAGGCUUAUCCUCAACCGGUAUGGGGUUCCGAGGUGUGGGAGCUCAAUCGAAGAAGGCGGAGGCGGGGACGAGGCCGGAGCACUUAUCCUCACCCAAUAUGGGGUCCCAGGUGCGUGGUCUCAGCCCGAAGAAGGCGACGCGUGCUCGGAGGCGGGAGCGCUUAUCCUCAACCAAUAUGGGGUCCCAGGCGCGUGGGCGCAGCCCGAAGAAGGCGGAGGCGGGGACGAGGCCGGAGCUGGGGUCCCAGGUGCGAAAGCGGAGGCGGGGACGAGGCCGGAGCGCUUAUCCUCGACCAACGUGGAGUCCCAGGUACGCGAUCUCGGCCCGAAGAAGGGGAAGGUGGGGUGCUUGAAGCCAGAAGAAGGCGAGCUUCAAGAGGAGGCGACAACAAGCUCGAAGGACUUACUCUCAGAAUACGUUCUCGGCGCGUGGUCUCAACCUGAAGAAGACAGAGGCGGCGACAAGGCCGGAGUGCCUAUCCUCAAGCAAUAUGGGGUCCCAGGUGCGCGGUCUCAACUUGAAGAGGAUGGAGGCGGGAACCAGGACGGAGGCGAGGAGAGGCCGGAGUACCUAUGCAAGGACAAGGCUGGGAGGGCCCAUCCUCAACCAACAUGGGGUUCCGAGGUGCGGAAGUUCAAGCUGAAGAAGACACAGGCGUGGAAGCUCAAGCUGAAGAAGGGCAAGGACAAG